AUGGCAGAACCAAUCAGACCACCGUGGCAAACCAGAAGCGAAACGGAUAAGACAAACCCGUCCAACGAUAAGCAACCGAAAACUGACAGCGAAACCACUGAAUCAUCUCCGCAUUUUGGUGAUAAAGCAAAACGUCUUCAAGGGAAAAGAAAACAGUUACCGUCGCCAACACCAAAAAAAUUAGCUCCAGAAAAACGACGCCUUAUGGAAAACGACAUCAAAACUGAAAAAACGCAGUCUAAUCCUCCAACGUUACAGCCAUGGUCUAAAGUAAAUCUGCCAAAAAGCUCAAAAUCUAAGAACGUUUUCUUUGAAGACCUCGAAAAACUUAUGCAUGCACCGGUGAAAGAUUUUCAAGAAGUGGAGGAAGUAGUCAAUGCAUUUCGAGGUAUGCUGCAGCAACAUAUAAAAGAACCCGACAACUUAAAGCAUCUAAGGCGCUCAUCCGACUCAGCUGAUGGUAAAAAUUCAAAAAAUAAAGAGCAUCAACAGCUGCCUACUCCUUCAGUACGAAAAGUUCCAACUGCGUUAAAAGAUUUAAUAUUAGCAAGCGGUGACGAUAAAGCGAAAGAUAACAGCAACAGUAACGAUCGACCGGACAACGAAGAACAGGGAAUGACGAAAACACCAGCAUCCACUAAUAGUUUAUCUAAAGAGACGAAACAAACUGCCAGCAAAAAUGUCAGUUUUAAAAGUGAAGAUAAAAGUCUGGAAAACGAACGUGACAAUGGAAGUUCCGGUGGCGAAAAUUCUAGCCAGAAUGAUGACACAAUAGAAAAGGCAAAGAUCAUGAUGCCGAUACUUGAAACUCUUUGCGCGGACAAAAGCGAUUCUAUAUUGUCACCAAAUGAACCAGUAGAAAACGCAAGAAACGAAAUUCGGGAGACAAACUUUGUUGUCCCAAAACCUGUAGAUAGCAAUUUUGAAGCAGACAAAGAAGAAAGAAAAAAAGUAAUAGAUAUAGCGCUUAAAAAGAUCGAUGAAUCUAUGAAGGUGCAAGAAAACACGCCGAUAAUACCUUUAACAUCUGCUAGCUCUAUGGAAUCGUCUCAAUCUGCCCAAACAACUUCGUCAGGUCCAAACGAAACACCAUCAUUAGCAGAAGACAUGAAACAAAAAAUAGCUCCAAAAACUUCAACUUGUAUUGUUUCACCAAUACGACUAGAAGAUAUUACUCCAUCACCACCUGCACAACCGACAAUUUCGACGCAACAAGAGGACGUUAUAAUUGAAGCCGAAUACCUCAGCGGUUAUCAGUCGUCGUCAACAAAUGCCUACUCGUCACAACUAAGAAAUCCAAACAUACCAAGUUUGCAAAAAUCUGCAACCGCCACCCUCCAACAGAACCACCAACUGAAACCUUUGUUUGUUCCUUUUAUCAACACUGCAAUAGCAGAAGUCGCUCCAGAUGCGAUGCAAAAUGCAAAAGUGAUUCAACCAGGCUACAGUCACACUUUAGCCUGGAAACAGGCAGCUAUGGAUGCACAACGAUGGCCUGAACCUGCCGCAGCAUUUCUGGCUCCCAAAGGUCCACCGAACAUACUGUGUUCGCCAGAACAGAUACGUCCUUUGCACAUUCCACCCGUUGCCAUUCCAGCUAUGCAACAGGUACCCCGCAUCAGUCCACCAAUGACAAGGAUAUUGUUACAAAGCAGUCCAAAAGGACCACCUUACUCCGAGCUAAUCUAUCCCUCGCGUCCUUUUCCUCCAAUGGUACGUUUUAAUACUCAAUUUCAAUGA